AACCUUAGUCCGAUAAGGCCUAUUGAAUGGCGCGUGGCUGCCUCCUAGUAGUGGAGUUCUACCGGAAGCACGUCUAAGUCAUAAGGUCGGAUUCGACAAUUCAGGGUCCAGAUGACCAUCACAUAUUCCAUAUUCUAUUCUUGAUAUCUUCGCAAACACUUUUGAAUCAGAAGACUUUAUCAUCAUAACUUCUGACAUGUAGCAUAAGGAUAAUAGCCUUUAUAUACGUACAGGUACAUGCAUAGGUACAUCAGUUGGCUCCAACUUAGAGAGAGCCUUGGAGAGCAAGCUUAACUUCGGCGCUGCAUAUGCAGUAGGUAAUUAACAACCGACUUAUAGUUUAUUCUUGUUGUUGAGAGACACGCUGAUGAAGCUCCCAAAACAAACGGACUUAGAUGGUGAUUCCGAUACACUCAUGAGUCGACACGAUGCCUCCCAACCUCUUUUCCCGUCUCGUUUCCAACGAUAAUAGAUCCCCAUACGAACGACUUAGAGAUGAUCCAGACGGCGACGUCGAAAGUAGAGCAGGGUUAGAUUUAGAUGAAGAGAACCUAGCACAUAAUUUCCACGAUGACGAACUCGAUCCUAACGAGGGCCUCGGCCUUGACGAUAGCCGUGUCUCCACCCCACGUAGCCCUAUCGCUACUACCAGCGAAGCCCGUCACAAUCCAAUAAGAACAGGCAGGCGGGAUACAAGACCACGAUGGCUUAUGUCCGAGGACGAUGGAGAUAACGACGUUCCAGCCUCGCUCCUAGUGGAAGGACCCGACGACAUCGCUGCGAAGCCGAGCACGCCUAGGGUCAGCCCUCAACAGACACGAAAUCCCCGACGCAGCUCCACAAACCGGAGGAUACAAGCGCAGUGGGAAACUGCACAGGCACAUCAAAAACUACAUCAAGAUGACGAAUAUGGUUCCUCAGCUGCUCAACCUCAGGUAGCCGGGACCACGAAGCGGCCGGGGUUCGCCGGUAGUCCCAGAGAUAAGGCUAUGUUUAGAUGGGCUAACGUCUCCAAUCUCGACGUCUUCAUCAGGGAUGUUUAUGAUUACUACUUAGGAGCUGGAAUGUGGUGCAUUUUACUAGAAAGAUUUCUACAUUUACUGAAAGUGGCGUUCGUAGCAACCCUACUUACUGUAUUAUCACAAUGCAUAGACUAUAGCAAGCUUCGGGAGAGCAAGAGCCUCUCCCAAAUCAUGAUCCCCCAGUGCACCAAACACAUGUGGGGGAUCUGGAAUUUGAGUCUCUGGGUUUGCAGUUUCUAUUUCGUAUGGAAGACCAUCCAGUGGGUCCUAGACAUUCCACGAUUAAUGCACAUUCGGGAUUUCUUCGUUUACCUCCUAGAAAUCCCCGAAGAAGACAUGCAAACCGUCUCUUGGCAGGAUGUAGUAUCCAAGAUUACUGCCCUCCGCGAUGAAAACGUCAAGACUGCCACCAAUAUUACGCCAUCCCAACGGAAAUUCUUGUCGAAACAGUUGGGACAACACAUGGCUAGUCAAUCAAAAGAAAGGCUUGACGCUCACGAUAUCGCCAACAGGCUCAUGAGACGAGAAAACUACAUUAUCGCACUAUUUAACAAGGACAUACUGGAUCUUACGGCUCCCAUUCCGUUUAUGAGGAAUCGGCAACUAUUUUCAAAAUCGCUCGAAUGGACUGUUCAAUUCGGAGUAUUAGACCUCGUCUUCAAUGAAGGUGGCCAAGUUCACCAGCGAGUCUUAAAGUCUGACCACCGAGGUCACUUGAGUAAAGAAAUGCAGACGAGAUUCGCUUUUGCUGCCGUAAUGAAUCUCCUUUUCGCCCCUUUUGCCGCUUCCGCUCUUGUUAUCGACUUCAUCUUUACUUAUUACAACGAAUUCAAAACCAAUACCUCAUCGUUAGGAGCACGACAGUACACGCCACUUGCAAGAUGGAAAUUUCGCGAGUUUAAUGAACUCCCACAUCUUUUCGAGGAACGUCUCAAUAUGUCAUACCCCUUUGCCAAGCACUAUAUCGACCAAUUCCCAAAGAAAAAGACCGAGUCAGCUGCUCGUACCAUCCAGUUUUUCUCUGGUGCUCUAAUAGCCGUCAUGGCCAUUGUCGGGUUCUCCGAUCCGGAAAUGUUUGUGGACUUCGAUCUAUUCCCUGGGAUGAACGCGUUUGCCUUCCUCGCACUCAUGACUACCGUAUGGGCAGUAGCUCGUGGGAUGAUUUCGGAAGAGAAUGAUGUGUUCGAUCCCGAAUUCGCGAUGCAGAACGUCAUCGAAUAUACACAUUACCAACCAGAUCAAUGGAAGGGGAGACUUCAUAGUUACGAGGUAAAGGCAGAAUUUUCAGAGCUUUACAAGGCGAGAAUCAUUAUCUUCCUCGAGGAGAUCUUCGGCGUCUUGGUUACACCCCUGGUACUAUUCUUUAGCUUGCCGAAGUGUAGUGAUCAGAUCAUUGAUUUCUUCCGCGAGUUCACGAUCCACGUCGAUGGACUAGGAUACGUUUGCUCAUUCGCCGUCUUCGACUUCCAAAAGGACCAACGUACCACGAGACAACCGCAAGGGAAUAUGAACGAUGCACGUGAGGACUACUACGCCACUAAGCACGGAAAGAUGCAAGCCUCAGUACAUGGUUUCCUAGAUAAUUACGUCUACCAUCCCAGAACUGGCCUUCCUGGCUCGCACGCUUUAGGACCAGCUGGGCGACACCAAUUCCACCCCCCGCCUACCUUUCCCGGCUUAAUGUCACCGACGCUCGCUGCAGAUAUGCGUUCAUCUCGGAUAUUACCCAAUGACAGGCCUAGGAGUCGAGCGCCCGGUGGAACGCAGCAGCAUCCAGGCCGAACGCCGCGAUUCGGCCCAGCUAUUGCACCGUCUCCAAUGGCAUCGAUGCUUCUCGAUCCUCAUCACCAGCCUUCUUCUUCAUUCACGCGCACACCACAACGGGCACGUCAACGCGGUGGGUAUCACGGCGAUAGGGAUAUCAUAGAAGAAUCCCUCGAAGAUGGUGCCUCCAGAAGCGUCAUCCGCCGACACGACACGGGCUACACGGACGAUGGCGAUGUCGAGGAGAGCGUAGCACGCUUAGGCGAAUCGACAUGGGAAGGAUCGCCGCGCCGAGGGCUAAGUAGGGAAGCCAGCAACGCGACAACGGACGGAGAUGAGGGACCCGGCGUUGUUACGAUGCUGAAGCAAUUCCAGCAGGUGCAUAUGGACCGACGGGGAGUCAUGUGAUGUGAAAGAGCUUUAGCAAACAACGUGAAAUACAACUAGCAUAGGCGCGGCGCGAUUCAGUUCAGGUAAUAGGAACUUAGGAAUAGGGAUGGGGAAAUGGAUAGGAGUUAUGGUGUUUAGACUGCAAGAGGAACCUGCCUACACGUCUAGGUUAGCUGGUAUACAGCAGUGCUACUGGUAUAGAAAGAUAACCCAUAUACAUGCUUAUACUUCGCUAACAGAGCAUAAAGUUGGUCGAAAACGGGGUCUCGGUCUAUGAAUUAAGUAUAAGCACGUUGGAGCAGGUAAGUUAUUAUAUAGCAGUACCAUUGAGGCAAUGGCGAU